UUUAUAUGCCGUCUUCUUUCCACUUCAGGCGUUUUCACUUGUGAGGUGAGAGACUACAACCAAGUGGAAAAUAAGUCCAUUGGUGUGGAGGUGAUUGAACCGCCGUCUGUAGAAGUAAACACUCUCUCUGCCACAGUCAUUUAUAACUCUCCCCUCAGCUUGAACUGCCUGUCACCGGAAGACACGAGGGGGUUGUUUAAGUAUGCCUGGUUCCGGGCACAGAAACCACUGGAUCCGGGAGAAAACGAAGAGGUGGUGGAAGAUUUAGUGCCCACUGGCGCACGGCUAACGAUGAAAGCUGUCCGGAUAUCCUCGAACUACAGCUGUGUCGUCACCAACCAGGCCGGGGACUCCAGCUUAACGAUAGUGGUUUACGUCGUCAGCAGGAACGACAGUGAGCGCAUGUGCAAGGAGGAGUUUCUGGGCGGAACGCGCUGGGUGUCCACUGCUCCUGACGGCUUUGAUGAACACCGCUGUCCGCAAAAAUCCAGAGGGUUUACCAAGCGCUAUUGCCAAUGUUACGGUGAAGCCACAAAGCCAUGCUCCUGGUCAAAAGUCAAUCAAGCGGGAUGUCAGUCUGAAGAGUUCCUGGACAUAUCCAAUCAGUUAGACUCUUUUCUGUUGGGCUAUCAACACUCCACCUCAUUCGAGCUGUUUGACUUUCUGCUGGAAUUCAUUAACAGAACGGAGGGGACCGUCUUCAUGGGCGAUUUGAACGGGGCAAUAAAAAGCCUUUACCAGUUACUGGAGCACAACUACAAAUUCAAAUCAAAAGGAAAUGAACUGGAAAACUUUACCAUCCCUUUAAAGAGAGCACUAUGGCUUUUGGAUAAAAUAAUGACAUUUAGCCAUUCAGCUACGGUGGAAGAAUCCAGGGAACUACAAGUUUUAUAUUGGUUUAUUCACAUCAUCAAACUGUUGCUAGUCCAAGACAGAAGAACUUUGGGCAUAGCCUCGGGCGAAUCUCUUCAUACUGCUGGAAUUGCCUUCACGCACAUGAUCCAGGGAUAUCAUACCCCAUCAGAGGCAAAGGGAACUAUGGGUCAGGACUUGGGAGAAGACGUCAGCACGAUACCGAGUGGGCAUCCAAACCUUCUGCACCAUCAGACACAAGCCAAUGUAUCUGUGUAUGUGAUCAAAGUGCACACCGGCCUAUUAGAUGUUCCAACAGAUAUGUCAGGAUCGGAGACGUAUUCAGUAAUCAGCGACAUUUUCCUGGCACUGCCUGAGAAAGCCCGGAAGAUGAUCGCCAUCCGGUCAUCGUCCUCGGCUGUGAAGCUGCCCGUGACGGUCGAGCACAGAAUGCCGAUAAAUAUGGAUCAACGACGGAAUAUAACCAGGUGCAUUGAAUGGCAGACCACCAAAACGUUUCCUUAUGAGGGUGCCUGGACGCUGAACAGCUGUGUCGCGCUGAGUCAGGAUUCUUGGAAAACAACGUGUCUCUGCCCGUACUCCGCCCUGGUCGCUGUUGCCAUGAGCGACAAAGUAAUUGUAGAUCCAGACUCAGCAGGCGGAACCAUUACCAGAAUGUUGCUCAUCUUAGCCUGUGCCCUAGCCUUGUGUUGUCUUGUAUUCACCUUAACCAUCCACCUGCUUUUCUAUCAGAAUUUGAACGGUGACAUUUACGCCGUCAACACCAAUUUCGUCAUAUCUAUCAUUGUAGCGAACAGUAUUCUACUGUUUUGUGUGUAUAACCCACAUACACAGGUUCUGUGUGUGGCGGGUCGACUUCUCCUCUACUUCUUUUACCUGGCGGCCUUCUCGUUCCUGUUCAUGGAGGCGCUGCACCAAUUCCUGGUCCUCCAUAGAAACAUUCCACGGAUCGGAUUUGCUUUCCGUUACUUCGUUUUAGGUUGGGGAAUUCCAUCGAUAUUCAUCAUCGUGCUGGUCUACCUGUACGUCUCGGAUUACAGGAAUAAUGCUUACAGAUGUAAAUACGUAUGCUGGAUUUCUUACAGCCAGGAGUCCAGCGUACAACAAUUUGUUGCUAUGAUCGUGCCCGUGUCCAUCUUAAUUCUCAUCAGUGCCGUACUCUCAUGUCUCAGCCUCAGAUCAGUCAUGAAAUGGACUGACCAAGCCCGACAGCCCGAUAAAAGACAAAUCAAACACCGUGUGUGGCACUCAUCUUUCAUCCUUGUACUCCUUCUUCUAAUUGGCAUAUUCAAAGCUGUCAUUGAGAUAUCUGAAUACUAUGUUCAUUUCUACGUCUUCCUCUUUCUUAACCCACUACUGGGAUUCAGCAUCUUGAUACUCCGCUGUUUCUGUGAUAUUCAGGUGCGGAAGCGAAUAUUUUGUUCAAAGCACCCAAUUCUGGAUAAAAGCUCAACGCAGUCUUCAGUUCCUCUAGUCAGCAUAAACUCGAGCACAUAUUCAGGUUAUCUUCGACCUCAAGCCACCUGUGCUUCUCCAAGUCGAUCGGGAAUUUUGGCCUCUUGUGGUUCGCCCGGUGUGGUCAGCUCCGUAAAUAGUGACUACUCGCGGAGAAAAGAGCACCUGCUUUCCCUUCUUGGAACCAGCAAUGCUUAUGACGGGGUUCCCCUUGGGGAUCCUCCGUAUAAUAACGUAGUCAAUGCGGCAGGUCAGAAUCAGCGGGAUACUUUCCUGGAUAGCGGAAUAUACGAGGGAUCCGAUCCAGAAAAAGCCAGCUCGGCUUCCAGCAGCCUUAAGGAAAAGGGAACGUUGGCCCAAAGCGACAAGGGGCCCCUGAAUCUAACUGAGAAAAAGGCGCUGUGCCUUUGUGAUAGGGAAGUCAAUAGAAGAAGCCCUCGACGUGCUGUGAUGGCGGGAACGACUGUUCAGGAAAAUUUCCACUCAUAUCGUUACAGACUUUCUAAGUGCUCCAGCAAUUCGUCCGUGUCCAGCGAUGCCGCCAGAUCCAUUGGGACCAACGGUCAAACAAGACGUAGCUCUGGUUCCGCUGAAGACAGUCCGAAAUACGAAUGCACGUAUUCAGAGAUCAUCGGUACAGUGUCCGGCCCACUGGAUUCCAGUAACGACGGUGAUCAGCAAGAGACCAGACGGUCCAGCGAACAUUGUACAUUGUUAAGCGACAAAGAUUGUGAACAAUGUUGAAUCAUGAGGUUAAAGCAGAAAGGUUGUCCUGUUGAUUACAUGCGAGUUUAUUCUCCCAGCGGAUCAACAAUUCUCUCUGUGCAGUUAGCGUUUUGGUGCUCUUAAUAUUGUUUCAAGAAAACGUCCGGAUGAUGUACCACAAAUUCUAAACCCCCUAACCAAAGAAAGUGUCACUUAUCUCCAGAUAACUAUUGAAAUCAUUCAUACUAAUAUGUGUGGUUGCUUAGAAGUGCUGCUUUCUUCCUUAUGCUAUUCGUCUUUCUGAAGUGAUCGUGAGGUGACCUUAAAUAAACUAAUACGUCAAAGUGACACCAUGCCCCAGGAAAGUUACAUCAUGUCCCAGGAAAGUGACACCAUGCCCCAGGAAAGUGACACCAUGCCCCAGGAAAGUGAAGCUGUUUAAGACUUAAGUCAAAUUUAGUCUUAAUUUCGAAAAAGGAUUAUUACGCUAAAACUUUCAUGACAAAACUGAAAAUAAUCGCUUAUGCUCUAAUCCAAGAUAAGGGAUAAUACCACAAGUUUAGAACAAAUCUAAAUUAAGAUGAAGUCAUAAUUAUGAUUCCGGGGCUAGCUCCUUAAAUGCGAUAAGAUAAAGUAUAUUAUUUUUAAAAACAAGAUUGUAUUUAGGGCAGGUAACACCAGCGAUGUCUUACUAUACUUGACUGCCGUGAUGUAUUCGUGUGUGUUGGUUAAAUGUAAUUUUAAACACGGUUUCCAUGUUGGACAAUAAUCUGGCCUUAAAACGCCAUAUUGCCUUAAUUCUGUAAAUUUUUAAGUGUAUUCACAUCAUGUGUUGACUAAGCUCAAGUGAAGAUAGUAAUGUACAUUGCAAAUCGAUGAAAUCCAGUGACCGUUACGUUAAAUGCUAAGUUGAUGCACCUUGGUGGAACAUUGCAAAGAUUUCCACUCUUAACAGGUGGACAAUCCGAAGUUGGAAUAAUUAAACCUUCGCAAGUAUCAACUACCUGAAUAUAUACACCUCAAAGGGUUUGUACAUCCAACUAGGGUUUACAGCUUGCGCUAUAUACACCAGAGCGCAUAUGCAAUUAUAUAUGUGUGCGUAUGUUACUCGGAGGUAUUGUAUGAAAUUUCACACGGAUCUUGUUUCUAUGGUUGUGCAAAUGGUAUAAUCUUGUCCAUUUCUUAUUGUCGCUCAUAUUAGUAUACAUAUUCCAAAAUGUUUCUAAAAUGAUAGAGAACACCAUAUGAACUCCUCACAUCCAUUGCAUACUAUAUCCUUCAAUUCUUUUCCAUAUCACCUCCAACGCAGUACCGCGUCUUCAUUUAAAAAUGUCUUUUUUUAACACCUGAUAUUUUGCUCAAUCUCUGGCUUAUUGUGAAUCCACCCAACACACCUGGCUUUGAUCUCGCUACUCACUUUAUAUUUCAUAUUGUUUAUUUAAACCAUAUCCAUUAUUAAUAUGUUUACACCUGUGGCCUAUUUUGUACAUCAUUGUCUAUAGAUUUAUUCUUUGGUUAUUACCAUCUAUACAGAACGAGACUCUUUGCAAAUGAAAAACGGUGACGAAUAAAUGUUGAUAUCUGGUUACAUAUGAUAACACGACAGUGAUAAGUGGUCCUUCUGAAUUCUGUGUUUCUAGAAAUUGCAAACAUG